AAUCAAAAUAUGCUUUCAUAAACUCAAUUUUAGCUCAAAUUUCCUGCCUUUGCGGUCAACUCCAAUUCACCUGCUCCUAAUUACAGCUAAAACAUGGCAAACAUAAACCGCUGCAUUAUGGGUAAUGUAGGCAUCUGGUUUCCCCUCGAUUAUCUUGUCGGUGUAAAACAAUCCAGAGACGAAUGUUUGUUAAAUAUUUUCGACGUAAAUAGGUGGCUUUGAUGUUUUCCCACACUGCACUGGUUUGUAGAGGUUUGGUACUGGUUUCCAGAGCCGGUGAUGAUGUCACACCGAGGCUGGGUCAUGUGAAGGGCAGCAGCAAGGAGGUUCACGGAGAGUUCAGCCGCAUACAUUAGGUAAUAGCAUCGCACGCCGUGACAUAACUAGUGCGAAGCAGGUUGAGUUGAGACAUUUAUCAAUAAAAAAAAAAAAAAGCGGAGAUAAGAUUAAAAAGUCGUUCGGCAAACUUUGUUAUGCAAAACAACCAGCAGACCUGGAUGCGUGGAAGCGCCCGGACUCCAGUGCGCACGCUGCGCGCCAAUACGCACAGUUUAUGAGGAAAUUAAAGGUCUGUUCCGGCGCGCACACGUCCCUCAUAGUGCGAUGCUCCUGCUGCAUGGUCUGCGCCUGAACAACCGGCUGUAAACCAUAAACCUGCGGAAAGCCAACUGACCGUCGUCACUAACAGGAAGGACUGUGUUUUUUCUUCCUCUUCUUCAUGAGGAGAGCAUCUUCUCCAGCAGGACUCCGCUAAGGUCAUGUUUGACUUCAUGGAAUUUCAGGUUUUCGGUCCGGGAGAAAUCAUGGACUUCUACUCGACUUCCAGCCCCGGCUGCGCGCUGCAGGACCUGGAUCUGGACCUGGACCCGGACCGGGACCAAGACCGGGAUCUGGCAGCGUUCUUCCCGGAGCUGAUCGAGUCGGACUGGCCGGAGCAUCGGUGCUCGCAAUCAGUGGAAAGCCAGAGCUCCAGCUCCAGCUCCAGUUUGGACGACCUGUUUGCCAGUCCGCUCUCCCCUCCUCCGCCCCCGCGCACCUACAAGCCCUGCUUCGUGUGUCAGGAUAAAUCAUCAGGUUACCACUAUGGAGUCAGCGCCUGCGAGGGCUGCAAGGGUUUCUUCCGCCGCAGCGUGCAGAAAAACAUGGUGUACACCUGCCACCGUGACAGAAACUGCAUCAUCAACAAGAUCACCAGGAACCGCUGUCAGUACUGCCGCCUGCAGAAGUGCUUCGCCGUGGGAAUGUCCAAAGAGUCGGUGAGAAAUGACAGAAACAGGCGGAAAGGUAAGAAGGAAGCAGUGAAGAUGACCGUCAUGGAGACGUACGAGCUGACGGCCGAGCUCGGCCUGAUCGUGGAGAAGAUCUGCAGGGCGCAUCGAGAGACCUUCCCCUCCCUCUGCCAGCUGGGGAAAUACACCACAAAUUCCAGUUCAGACCACCGGAUCCAGUUGGACCUCGGGCUGUGGGACAAGUUCAGCGAGCUUGCCACCAAGUGCAUCAUCAAGGUGGUGGAGUUCGCCAAGAGAGUCCCAGGCUUCACAGGCCUGACCAUCGCCGACCAGAUCACUCUGCUGAAAGCCGCCUGCCUUGACAUCCUGAUCCUCAGGAUUUGCACUCGCUACACUCCGGACCAGGACACCAUGACGUUCUCCGACGGCCUGACUCUGACCCGCAAUCAGAUCCACAACGCCGGCUUUGGGCCGCUCACCGACCAGGUCUUCACGUUUGCCGGUCAGCUGCUUCCUCUGGAGAUGGACGAGACGGAGAGCGGGCUGCUCAGCGCCAUCUGCCUCGUCUCCGGAGAUCGCCAGGACCUGGAGGAGCCGUCGAAGGUGGAGGUGCUGCAGGAGCCGCUGCUGGAGGCGCUGAAGAUCUACUCGCGGCGGCGCCGACCCAGCAUGCCCCUGAUGUUCCCCAAAGCCCUGAUGAAGAUCACCGACCUGCGCAGCAUCAGCGCUAAAGGAGCGGAGCGCGUUGUGACGCUGAAGAUGGAGAUCCCCGGCUCCAUGCCUCCUUUGAUCGAGGAGAUGAUGGAGGAUCUGCAGAACCUGGAGACCAGCCAGCACUCACACAGCCUCUCCUCUCACUCUCAGCACACACACUGCUCCGGCCUCGCAGUCUGAAGACACCGCAGAACCUUUUCUUCCUCCCCAGAGAGAGAUUACUAACGAUGUAAAAGUGCAGAUGCAGUCCAGAAGGUCACUAGUCUCUUACCUCCGUGAAACGUCCGGGAAUAUUUCAGAGUUAGAUCUGCAGACAUGACAAAUGAGAUUCAGCUUUCACAUUAACAACAUGGUAGUUGCUGUGAGAUGAAAUCCUGCUUCGAUGGAAGGAACAAGUAGAACGAUGCAGUAACGUUAUAGUCUCUCUUUUUGUUUUCCUGCAACGUUUUGGCAGGAACCUCAUAACCUCUGAGAACCACUCUCAGCUUUUGUUUACCAUAUCUGGGUCUUACUGUAUUUAUAUUUGCAUGAUGACUUAUUAAUUUUUACCUCAUUGAAUAACGCCGUCAGUAUUCGUGUAGAAAGAGAGGGCACAUGUGGAAAGGAUUUGUUAAAGCUUUUUAGUUUCUUAAGCAGAGGGAAACAAAAAAGGGAAAAGGUUAAACAUUUAACUUGUUCCCAUAUUAAUGUAGGGGACAUGACAGAGGAAAGAGGACAUUUACGUCAUCCAAAUAGCAAACAUGAAUUCUUUAACUGACAUGUUUUUGUGAUGAAACAAAAAUAAAUCCUGCAAAAACAC